AUGGAAGCCGUCACUGUGGCUGUUUUUGCAGAAGGGGCAGAAGCAAAAGAAGCUAGAAAUGCUGGAGCUAAUAUAAUUGGUGGUAAAGAACUUAUUGAGGAUAUUGCUAGUGGUAAUAAUAAACUUAAAGUUGACAAGUGCUUCUCAACUCUUGGAAUGGCACCUCAUCUUGGAAAGCUAGGUACUCUGACUAGUGAUAUUGCUGGUCAACUAAAAGAACUUAGGCAAGGCUGCAUUGACUUUAAGAUGGAAAAUAAAUCAAUUUUGCAUAUUGGACUGGAAAAGGUAAGCUACAAAGAAGAGGCUUUACGAGAGAAUAUGGACGCAUUUAUGAAUGAUGUCUUGCUUGCCAAGCUUGCUGGCUUAAAGAGUAAGUAG